UGAUCGGAGGAGCGGAGGAAGAUGAAUUCCCAGCAGCAGAGGAUGGCCGCUAUAGGAACUGACAAGGAGCUGAGCGACUUGCUGGACUUCAGCGCGAUGUUUUCCCCACCUGUUAAUAGUGGGAAAACCAGACCAACUACGCUAGGAAGCAGCCAGUUCAGUGGAUCAGGUAUGGAUGAGCGAACAGGUGCCACAUCCUGGGGAACAAGUGGUCAGCCAAGUCCUUCAUAUGAAUCUUCAAGGGAAAAUGGCAGUCUUCAUGGAAAAAGCUCAGACCUCUCCACAGACAUAGAAAAGUUGAAACCUCAAGAGGGUUUUGCAGACAGUCCUCAUUACAGUGAUCACUUGAAUGACAGUCGAUUAGGGCCCCAUGAAGGAUUGUCCCCGACACCUUUCAUGAACUCAAAUCUGAUGGGAAAAACCUCAGAUAGAGGUCCAUUUCCAUUGUAUGGUAGAGAUACGGGGUUACCAGGCUGUCAAUCUAGUCUGCUUCGGUCAGAUAUGGGGCUUGGAAGUCCAGGUCAGCUGUCAUCCUCGGGAAAACCUGGAACACCCUACUACCCGUUUUCUGGCACAAAUCAACGCCGAAGACCACUUCAUGACUCACCAGCUCUUGAUCCUCUACAGACAAAGAAAGUAAGAAAGGUGCCCCCUGGUUUGCCGUCCUCUGUGUAUGCACCAUCCCCGAGUUCUGAUGAUUUCAACAGAGAAUCUCCAAAUUACCCAUCUCCUAAGCCACCAAGCAGUAUGUUUGCUAGCACUUUCUUUAUGCAAGAUGGGACCCACAAUUCUUCUGACCUCUGGAGUUCAUCCAAUGGCAUGAGCCAGCCCAGCUACGGUGGGAUGCUGGGAGGCUCCUCUUCCCACAUGUCCCAGUCCGGCAGUUACGGCAGCCUGCACACACAUGACCGUUUGAGCUAUCCCCCACAUUCAGUCUCACCUACAGAUAUAAAUGCCAGUCUUCCUCCGAUGUCUAGCUUCCAUCGUGGCAGUACCAGCAGUUCACCUUAUGUAGCUGCCUCACACACUCCACCUGUCAAUGGAUCCGAUAAUAUUCUGGGAAACAGAGGAAAUGGUGCUGGAAGCUCACAGACAGGUGAUGCACUUGGAAAGGCAUUGGCAUCUAUUUAUUCUCCCGAUCAUACCAGCAGUAGUUUUCCGUCGAAUCCAUCAACACCAGUUGGAUCACCAUCGCCUCUUACAGGUGCCAGUCAGUGGUCUAGGAGUGGAGGACAAGCCCCCUCAUCUCCAAACUAUGAAAACUCUCUACACUCCUUGAAAAAUCGAGUUGAACAGCAACUUCACGAGCAUUUGCAAGAUGCAAUGUCCUUCUUAAAGGAUGUCUGUGAGCAGUCUCGAAUGGAGGAUCGCUUGGACAGACUUGAUGAUGCUAUUCAUGUACUACGAAACCAUGCUGUGGGGCCUUCAACAAGCCUAUCAGGUGGCCAUGGAGAUAUACAUAGUUUAUUGGGACCAUCCCACAAUGGGCCAAUUGGAAGCCUGAACUCAAAUUAUGGAGCAUCUAGCCUUGUAACAACCAACAGACAAGCAUCAAUGGUUGGGACUCAUCGGGAAGAAAGUGUCAGCCUCAACAGCAACCAUUCAGUUCUUCCCGGUACAGUUUCUGCUCAGAGCACAGAACUAAAUCAUAAAACACAAGAAAGCUACAGAGCAUUGUCAGGUGGCUUACAGAGCCAGUCUGUGGCUAUAGGUCCAACAGAAAUCAAGUCUGAACAUAAGGAGAAGGAUGAAAACAUACAUGAACCCCCCUCAUCGGAUGACAUGAAAUCAGAUGAUGAGUCCUCCCAGAAGGAUAUCAAGGUCUCGUCUAGAGGCAGAACAAGCAGUACUAAUGAAGAUGAGGAUUUAAACCCAGAGCAGAAAAUAGAAAGAGAAAAGGAGAGGAGAAUGGCAAAUAAUGCUAGAGAACGUUUGCGUGUACGAGAUAUUAAUGAGGCAUUUAAAGAACUUGGCCGUAUGUGUCAGCUUCAUCUGAAGAGUGAAAAACCACAGACGAAACUGCUUAUUCUUCACCAGGCUGUGGCAGUCAUCCUCAGUCUAGAGCAGCAAGUGAGAGAACGAAACCUGAACCCUAAAGCAGCCUGCCUUAAGAGAAGGGAAGAAGAAAAAGUUUCUGCCGUAUCGGCAGAGCCGCCAACACCACACCCAGGAAGCCACCCUGGCCUGAGUGAAACUACCAACCCUAUGGGUCAUAUGUGAACACCAGCCAGAAUUCCAGACUUAUUGGUAGGAUACACAGAAGGUGACCUUUCUUCACAAGGACACAGACAACUAACAGUAUAUGAAGACACAAACCCGACAGGAGAAAACACUUGAAGCAAGAAACCCAAAUGCAAUCUUAUGAUCAAAGCUACUGGUCAACACCUGCAUCAGGACUGAAGAUACAAGAUCUUCAGAUAGAAUUUCAGCCCAUGAAAUACUCUGAACAUAUCAUUCUGUUGCAAGCAGUGUGUCGCUUCUGCACAAUCAGAGACUGUUGUGAUCUCUCCACUCAUUGUGGAAGUUGCCUUGUGCCUAAACUGAAUUGACAAAUGCAUUGUAACUACAAAUUUUAUUUAUUGUUACGGAACUGUAAAGGUCUACAUAUAAAGGGAAAAGUUAACAUGUUAAAAGCUGAUAAAAUUUCAGCUGGAUGCCAGCAUUUACUAAAGCUGUUCACAUUCAGAGAACAAAGCAGUGACAACCGUCGACCCGUAGCAUUCCCAGCAUACCUAUUAGUGUCUUAAAAAAGGAAGGGAAAAGUCUUUUGUUGCCCUUUCCUCUCCUUUUGCCAUAUGACUAGUGUUUUUCCAUGCAAUAGGAAACUAUUCCUUGGUAUAGCUUUUUUUAUGUUACUUUUGGUCUCUGGUAAUCUGAACAGUUAUGGUCAUAGUUACCCUUCCAUACUGAGCUCCAUGCUUCAAGCCAGUAAGAGGCCUGGUGAAGGCUGCAGGCAGGAGCAAUGCUGUGACCGUAACAUUUCUUGGAUUUAAAAAGUGAUUUUUAUUUUCCCUCAGACUUUCCUCAAACUUUUUUUUUUCCCUAAUUAUAAACAAAACCUUUUUAGGCUUCUAGGCUUCAUAGUAAAGCUUGUAACGUGAAGUGUAAAUUGGGUGGGGAGAAUCUACUUUGUUAGAGUUGCUUUGUUUUCCGAGCAGUAAGUACUACAUAUAGUACAUGUAAAGUGUUAGCUGUACGUAAGCACAAAAUGCAUUAAAAUACAAAGGAGAUUUUUUUCAGGCUGUAAUUUUGGUGAAUGGUAAAAUCCUAAAUUCACCGUGGCAGGUAGUGUGAUGAUACAGCCACCAGUACGGUGGGCUUACUUAUGUAAUGGAAUAUAAGAGCAAUGGUCACCAGUUUUUCCUUACUGUAUACAUUAUCUUGUCAUUUUUGUAUGGCUUGUCAGUGGAGGAAAAAAAAUAGUGUGAAUCAAAUACAAACAAAUGACCCCUCCCAAGCCAUAUUAGCAUUAAACCUUUAAAUGUUUCUCCACCAGAACAGUGUCCAUAAGUAUUCCUUUGUCAGAGAUGUGUUGAAAAGGUUAAGAUCCCUUUGAACUUCCAUGGAAACUGUCUUCCACUGCAAUGACCAUGGGAGGAAGUUCCCUAAGCCAAGGUUGUCUGAGCUAUUGUUUAUAUAGUGCAUCUUUCAUCACUGGCAAUUGGUUCACACACAAAACAGGAACAAACCAGUAAUUUUUAUGAAGUCAUUUAAUUUGAAAGAACAAAAGAUGGAUUGUUAAAAUAAACUAAUGAAUUUAAGCUCAUGUUUUGGAUGGUUCCUAACAAAACAGUUUGUGGAAUUAGUGGACUCAUGUCUAUUACUUUAAUUUGCAUAUGUCAUCAAAUAACACCUGAUUAUAUCUGUGGCCUUGUUCUUCAUUUCAGUGUUUAUCAGCUAAACAAAUUUGUUGCUUAUGACGUGUGAAAGUGAUCACGUGCCACUGCCUGGCCUUUUUCCUUCUAAGCUUGUUGUCUUUUUGGCUAUAUUAGACUUUGCAGUAUGCCCAGAAGCUUUCCUUCAUAAAAUAGAAAGAAAAAAACAUUUGGCUUAUUUUUCACUGUAGCUAGUCUUUUAUACAAUAAUCUUGUAAGAAAAUUUCUUGAAUUCUAAAUAUUACUCUUUCUAGAUUUUUGAAAUCGAAAAAGUUUUCAGUAAAAAGUUUCUUACUUUAUUUUACUAUAUUAGGUAGUAAAAAUGUAGGGUUAUUUACCAUAACCUGUUCAUUAAUAUCAGAAAUUUACAAUAGCAUUGUAAGACCAUAGUAGGGUUCUAGCAUACCGUGUAGUACCUAUGGAGUAUUGUAAGAGCUAAUUGUCCGAGAUGAAUUGCUUCUCAUCUUGUUCUCCAGUUUCCAUUGUUGGUUUAUUGCAGAUUUGUACCCUGUGUCAAAUUUCAAGGUAUUGCUGAUAAACCUUUCCAACCAGCAGCAAGAAGUUCAAAAAAAUUUCUGUCAAUGUAACAGAAAACACUAUGUAUAUAACAUUUAUGUAGCAAUAAAUGUGCCAUCUUUUUUUAACAUGGUAAAUCAGUGAGUUUUUUAAAUUUCUCUUUCCUCAUAGGUAUUGUGUUGCAAAAACAGCUUCUGCCUUUGUUGGAAUAAAACCUAGCAUAGAUUUGCAAGGUACACAGCAUAAGUUACAGGCACAUGAAGUGAUGUUGCUACUCCCUGUGAUGCCAAUACAGAAAUUCCCAGCGAGCUGAGGAGGAACAGUACCUAACCUGCAUUUGCUGCUGCACAGAAAGGGGAUUGCGCACAGGCAAAUAGCAAACUGGGAGCCGAAGCUGAUCCCGUAGGCAUGUGCCUCCUGCUACAUCUUCUUCCUUUACUUUGCCUGUCCUUAAGAUAGGUUUCUAAGCUCUAAGCCCCUUCUGUGCGUUGGAAGAUCAGUGCUGAGUUACUUCUGAAUUGAUUGAUGCGUCUACAUAGUUUUUAUGGGGGAAAAAAAAGGAAAAAAAGUCUGCAGUUUAAGCUUGAAAUUAAAAUUUUCACAUUUUCUACAAUUUUUCUUUCUGUGCGUGCAAACGAGAAAAUAGAAGUGUACAAUGUCCAAGGCAUACACAGUCAGGGGUGAAAUUUUCAUGCAACUCCUAGUUCACAACUGUUUAAGCCAAAAACCUCAAGUAACAAGCAGACUUUGUAGAAGCUUGAGUUUUUUCAACUCUUCUCUAAACAAAUACCCCUGGGAAAAGCACAUCAAAGACAAGCAAAUACAGAUACUAUAUAUAUAUAGUUAUGAUGUUUUAACUGAAUGUGGUGUACGUCAGUCAGUAAUGGCUGCUGCGUACUGCAUAGUUUCCAACUCUUGAUACUGUCCUUUGUAACCUUAGAAAAUCUAAUGAUUAUGUUGAGAUCUAGCUUACGUUGUAAAGGGCUUGUCAGCAUGCAUAUACAGGCAAG